GAUCGUGGCGGUACGGCAGUUUGCGAAGGACCGCGCGACGGUGUGGUUGUCUUAUUUUUGUCGGUGGUUUGCGCCGACCAUCCAACCCGAACUCGUUGUUCCAAACCGCCAUCACGCCGUCGUAGCAUGUGCCCACUAGUCCGGAGCCACGUAUACCGCUUACCGCAUAACCAGCCGCACAAUAAACUUGUCUCCGUUAAGGCAGCCGUAUUCUCCCCUUUCGCCGCGGCUUCCUCGCCAUUUCACGCAUGUACAGAAAUUCAACGCCCAUUUAAAUCGCGCCCGCCGUCCAGAUCCGCGCGCGGGUGAUCACGGAUCGUGUGCGCACACGGUGAUAGUAUGAUCUUCUCUUGGAUAUUCCAGUGAGUCUGUGUGGUGAGCGCCUUAUACCGGGUGGCCCGAAUCGAUCGCGGUGUGCAGUGGCGUACUCUUUCUUUCCUUCGCCGUCGCGCUCUCACUUCAACGCACGGAAGAGGAGAAAGAUAGAGGGAGGGAGAGAGAGAGAGAGAGAGAGAGAGAGAGAGAGAGAGAGAGAGAGAGAGAGAGAGAGAAAGUCGAGACUGGUCGAUCUGCGACAGGAGCGUUGGUUGAAAGAUAGAUAAAGAGAGUAACCAAGGGAGAAGAGAGCGAGAGAGGAGAGCGAGCGAUCCGGUGUAAAAGGAAUCUCGACCGAUUUCCAAGGAGAUUCCAGUUGUCAAGAUGAGUUAUUGUACCAGCGCGCCCAUGGUCACGCAAACUUGCGAGACUCUUCUCAGCAAGUGCGAAAUCCCGAUCAUCGACCUCGCUCACAUGGGCACGGAAAGAUGCCCUCAAAAGGGAGUCGUAAGGCAGGUGGCCUCGAAACUAGUAAGGGCGCUGUCUCAGAAAGGAUUGGCCUUGCUCGUUAACCACGGCAUUCCAGAGUGCAAGAUGAAGGCAGCUUAUAGAGCUCUAGAUGCAUUUUGCGAGCUGCCGGAUGAAACGCGAGCAAAAUAUGAGCGCGUUUCGCCGGAUAAUCACGGCUACGUUAAGCCAGGCACGGAGAAAUUUUCAGAAGAAAUGGAACUUCGCCACGCAUUUAAUAUAACCGGACGCGAUCGGAUUCUGCCGGAGGAUGAAGUUCAUGGAUUUAGAUCAGCAGUGGAUGAAUUGACACGCGAUUUUAAACAACUGGCCACCUUGCUUCUUACCGCUCUAUCCGUGGGUUUGGAACAGUCCCACGACUUCCUGCUAUCGAAGCACGCGCACAUAUUCGACUCUGGCAACGAAUCCACCCUGCGUCUCCUUUACUAUCCGCCACUCGGUGCACCGGUACAAGGACUGACCCGAUGCGGCGCCCAUUGCGACUAUGGCACUUUCACUUUGUUGGCGCAGGACUGCGAGGGUGGCCUUGAAAUACAAACUCCCUGUGGGGAAAGAUGGGUUAGAGUAGGUCAUCUUCCAGGCGCCAUAUUAGUGAAUACUGGCGAGUUAUUGGCAGUUUGGACCAACGGGCAGCUUCCAGCUCUGAGACAUCGCGUAGUUAUGCCGGAACACUGCGGUCGCGGCCGCCAUUCCAUUGCCUUCUUUGUGCAUCCAGAUGACAAUAUUCCCAUCGAGCCGUUAGACACAAAAAUUACCAUAGCUAACCAGGAAACAACUCCUUGCCGCCUCCAGAAGAAGAAGCGUAGCGUCCUUACGGCGUACCAGCAUCUUCAACGACGAUUUCGCGAGACUUAUGCGUCUUAAUAUAAUACUUGAUGUGAUCCCAAACAUUUUAUUAGGGUGAUCUAAUGGACCCAAAAUUAAAAACUAAAUCUUCAUACGUUCGUCGAGAUGGAGCAAGAUAAAAUUUCGCAAUGAUUUGAAAGAGAUCGAUCUUAUGAGCAGAGAAACUAAGAUUAUCGCAAGCUACCUUUUAAAAUUUGAUUAAUAUUUCUUGCUGUAUAUUGCUUGAUAAGUAUUAUAAAAGAAAAAAAGUAUAUGCGCUAAAAGAAUAUUAUGCGAAUGUUAUUCAUUCCAUUUCAUGUAUGCACAUAAAUAGGAUCGUGAACGAACUUUUAAUUCUGACAAAUUGUAACAGUGUAGCUUGGCUGUCUUAAUUUCACGACCUGUAUUCAAGAAUCAGAUAUCUCGACUCUAAGCGAAAUAAAACUGGAUGUAAAAAGAAUGUAAAAGAAGAUUACGCGCUUCUCAGGCAAUAAUAAAUAAAUUUGUACUUAAUUUG